CGCAUCCCGGCCCGGCAGGUGUGCGGGCUCGUCCUGCCUGCUAUGCCGGCUGUCUGGAGUGCCGCCGUGCCCGUCCUCGCCCUCCGGUGACGCUGCAGACCCGGCGCAGGAUGCGGUGGCAGUGGCGGUGAGCGCAGAGGUGCCUCCCUACCCAUCCUGUCUGCCAUAGAGCCCCGGCUGCUUGACGAUGGUCCCCCCUCAUCCUCCUCCUCCUCCGCCCGGCUGCCUGGUGCACCGUGCCGGGGUGCGGGGAGAAGGGGGCAGCGAGCGCGGCGCUGGCGGCGAUGCCACCACCUCUCCUCUCAGGAGCCGGAGCAGGGACAGAAGGUGGGCGGCUGGGCUGCCGCGCCGGGAGGAAGACAGUGCUGCCAGGCUGGGACUGGGCAACUUUCUGCCAUGUGAUCCCAAACCCGGCUCCAGCCCUCGCCGCCCCCAGGCAGACGCGGGCGUCUCCGCAGAGCCCCCCGCUCGCCGCUGCGCCGCAGCCGCCGCCUCAGCCAUGGGCGAGAGAUGCGACUACCAGCGCUUGAGCAGCGCCGAGGAGGAGGAGGAAAUGCACGGCCCCUUGCCCCACAGCUUCUCGGACAGCACCGGGCAGCGGGCCCUGCGGCUGGGCAGCAGGCGCCCCACGCCGCCCCCCCGGCAGGACAUCGCCCCGGGCAUGCCGUGCCGGCGGAGGCUGAGCUGUAGCAUGCAGGCAGAGGAGGGCACAGACUGGCUGCUGGAGCUGCUGACUGAGCUGCAGCUGCAGCAGUACUUCCUGCGCAUCCGAGACGAGCUCAACGUCACACGCCUCUCCCACUUCGAGUACGUCAAAAAUGAGGAUCUGGAGAAGAUCGGCAUGGGACGCCCCGGCCAGCGGCGGCUGUGGGAGGCAGUGAAGCGGAGGAAAGCCAUGUGCAAGCGGAAAUCCUGGAUGAGCAAGGUGUUCAGUGGGAAGCGCCCAGAGUCAGAGCUGCCGCCCCAGCCCCAGAGCACCUUCCGCAAGCCCCCCACACCACCCCCCCCUGAAGCUGGGGGCCAGCACUCCCUCACCUGCCUCGUGCGGGAGCGGGACCUCUCCAUCUUUGAGAAGCUGGGUGACGGCUCCUUUGGUGUGGUGCACCGCGGCGAGUGGUGCACGCCUGCUGGCAAGACGCUGAAUGUGGCAGUGAAGUGCCUCAAGACAGAUGUGCUGAGCCAGCCAGAGGCCCUGGAUGACUUCAUCCGGGAGGUGAAUGCCAUGCACUCCCUGGACCACAGGAACCUCAUCCGCCUGUAUGGCGUGGUGCUCUCCCACCCCAUGAAGAUGGUGACAGAGCUGGCCCCGCUGGGCUCCCUCCUGGACCGCCUGCGGAAGAACCAGGGCCAUUUCCUCAUCUCCACACUGUGCCAGUAUGCCAUCCAAGUGGCCAAGGGCAUGGCCUAUCUGGAGUCCAAGCGUUUCAUCCACCGUGACCUGGCUGCCCGAAACAUCCUGCUGGCCUCCAAUGAGCUCGUCAAGAUCGGGGACUUCGGACUGAUGCGGGCACUGCCCAAAAAUGAUGAUCACUACGUGAUGCAGGAGCACCGCAAGGUCCCCUUUGCCUGGUGUGCUCCUGAGAGCCUGAAGACACGCACCUUCUCCCACGCCAGUGACACCUGGAUGUUCGGAGUGACCCUCUGGGAGAUGUUCACCUAUGGUCAGGAGCCUUGGAUUGGCCUGAAUGGCAGCCAGAUCCUGCACAAGAUAGACAAGGAGGGUGAGCGGCUGCCGCGGCCUGAGGACUGUCCCCAGGACAUCUACAAUGUCAUGCUGCAGUGCUGGGCACACAAGCCCGAGGACCGACCCACCUUCGUGGCCUUGCGAGACUUCUUGGUGGAGGCUCAGCCCACUGACAUGAGAGCGCUGCAGGACUUUGAGGAGCCGGACAAGCUGCACAUCCAGAUGAACGACAUCAUCACGGUCAUUGAGGGCAGGGCCGAGAAUUACUGGUGGCGGGGUCAGAAUAAACGGACCCUAAAAGUGGGCCAAUUUCCCCGAAACACGGUGACCUCGGUGGCAGGGCUGUCAGCCCACGACAUCAGCCAGCCGCUUAAAAACAGCUUCAUCCACACAGGCCAUGGAGACACCAACCCACAGCACUGCUGGGGGUUUCCCGAUAAAAUUGAUGAGCUGUACCUGGGAAAUCCCAUGGACCCUCCUGACAUUUUAGGUGUGGACCCGAGUGCUGCCAGACCUACACAGCUUCCAGGAAGGGCUAAAAAGCCUUGCUACGACCCAGUUAGUGAGGAGGAGGAGGGUCUGCCAGGGGGCCUGCGGAAGCUCUGCCUGAAGAAGCCAGGCACAGGGAAGGGCCUGCGGCCGGCCAAGCCAUCAGCACGAGUACCGGGCACCAAGGUGGGCGAGCGGCAGCCCGGACGGCUGGCAAGCGAGGGGCCGGCAAGCAGCGAGGUGACCCUCAUUGACUUUGGGGAGGAAGUGCCCCAGGGCAGCCCCUCUCCGGUGGGGGAGCUGACAGCCCCAUCAUUAGCCAAGCUGGCCAUGGAGGCCUGCUCUCUGCUGGACAAGACCCCACCACAGAGCCCCACACGGGCUCUCCCUCGGCCACUCCACCCCACGCCGGUGGUGGACUGGGAUGCCCGGCCCUUGCCCCCGCCGCCUGCCUACGAUGACGUGGCACAGGAUGAGGACGAUAUUGAGGUCUGCUCUAUCACCAGCCCCCCAAGCCGGCGGGGCAAGACCAACUACGGCUUUGUGGAUGAGAGUGAACGGGGACCAGCACUGGAGGACAACCUCUUCCUGCCCCCCAAGGAGACCAAACAGCCCAGCAUGACGCAGACCACCGAGCUCUUUGAGGAGCUGCAGCAGGAGUGCAUGAAGAGGCUCAAUGUCCCCCUGGGACCGGCUGCUCCAGCUGACGACAAGCCCCAGAUCCCUCCCCGUGUCCCCAUCCCGCCCCGGCCCCUUCGCCGCAAUGAGCCUGGGCGCUGGUCAGGGGACCUUUCCCCAGCUUCGGGGGGCGAGGAGGACCGGCCGCCCCAGAUCCCCCCGCGGGACCCACUGUCCCAGCCCACUUCCCGGACACCCAGCCCCAUGGCUCUGCAGGUGGGCUCCCCCCAGCAACGUGCUGCCCUCUGCUCCUGCCUCUCCACCUCACCAGGGAAGCCCAUGCCCACCACACAGAGCUUCGCCCUCGACCCUAAGUACGCCACCCCCAAGGUCAUCCAGGCGCAGGGCAAGGACUGCUCCAAGGGACCCUGCAUCCUGCCCAUCGUGAAGGAUGGGCAGAAGGUCAGCAGCACCCACUACUACCUGCUGCCCGAGCGCCCUGCCUACCUGGACAAGUACGAGAAGUUUUUCAAGGAGGCUAAAAGCCCCGAGGAGGUGCCAGCAUCCCGCCAGGUCACCACAGCCACCGUCCGUCCUAUGGUGCAGCAGCCACUGCCAGACUGCAAGGCCAACUUUUCCUCCAACAACAGCAACCCUGGGCCCAAGUGCCUGGUGAAAGCCUCCUGCAGCCUCCAGAAGAUCGUUUACGACGGGCCAGAUGUUUGCCGUCCUGCUGACAAGAUCCGGCUGGUGCAGGACACGGUGCAUGGUGUGACCACCGAGGAGUGCCAGGCAGCCCUGCAGAAGCAUGGCUGGAGCAUCCAGCGGGCUAUCCAGUACCUGAAGGUGGAGCAGCUCUUCUGCCUGGGGCUGAAGUCCCGUGGUGAGUGCCAGCGGGUGCUGGAGAUGUUCGACUGGAACCUGGCACAGGCCAGCUCCCACCUCCUCGAUCCCUACAGCGCCACCCGCCAGAAGUGGUGACAGCAGGGACGGGGUGAGCUGCGUUGGAUCUGGAGCAGGCGUCUCGCCAAAGGACCAGCCCUGCCGCCUCCACCCACACAACCUGCUGCAGGACUCUGGACUGAGCCCCACUUGAGGGUGGAGACACCCCAAAAGAGACCCUGCCUUGUGCCACAGACUUUCCAGGGUGACUGUGCCGUGGCCUUGGCAAUGGGUUCCAUCCCCUGGCCCCUUGUUGAAUUGUUUUUGUAAAGAGAAAUGUAAUUUUAAUAUAUAUAUAUUAUGUAUAUAUAUAAAAAUAUUCUAUGGAGAGGAG